AUGCUGUUGACGGCAUUAUUGGACAUCAACCUGGAAACUGGCUGCAAGCUCGCGGGCAUCAUCAGUGAGGCCGUCCAGCAAGCAGAAAUCGACCUAGAUGCCCUCGUUGAGAUGCACACCAAUGCAUUGCUCUGGCGAUACGAGGCCGUUGCGAGACGACGGUCAGCUGCAGAGUUCAUUCGAGCUCGUGCGACCGCAAGCAGGCAUUGUUCACGUGAGAACUUACCCAGUGGCAGCUCCAGCAAUAGAGAUCUCGACCGAUUAGAAGCAUCGAUGUCAUCCCUGGAUGAGACCAUCCGCGGGUAUGACAAGGAGGGUUACACACUGGUUUGCCCACAACUGGUGGGCUUCAAGUGCAUGCGGAGGACGGAGCUUCCGAGUGGGCAUUGGUGGGUUCGUUUGGACGGCCCUUUGAUGGGACGUCCUGCUUUGGCACCUGCCUGUGGAGCACUUGCUUUAGCCCUAUGUGCUUGA